CUGAACCGUUAUAAUGAGACUGCAGUGACUCAAACUUAUUUUAACGUUUAGUGAAGUUUAUUGCGUUAAUCUCCUCUGGGGUGGGGCAGACGACAAUGAACACUUCCUCUAGUUUCUGCAACGCGUAGAACUAACAGUCUGAAAUGGCGGCUGAAUGGAGACAGAAGUGCGAUUCAGAGUGGAGUUUGGGGGCACAGGGUGUGCCCAUGCCCGACAGCGUGGACUGGAAAUCGGUUUACGAGAAGAAGCCAUUUGAACGGAAUCUGCUCCAGAACCCUUCGCCUUAUGGUGUAAACCACACCAUCCCACCACCUGAACUCCAUGUUACGGGAGAACGACCCCCUGCAAAUCAACCACCCAAGCUUGAACCAGAUGGUAAUUUCUCCGGCUGGCACUCUAGUACAGAGGUUUUGCCAUAUGACACUGGAAUUCCUCCUGGGGUUGUUGUCUGCCACAUGCCUCAGUAUAGGUGGUUUUCUCUAGAGCAGCGUGUGGACCUUAAGGUAGAAGGUUUGUGGGACCAGCUUCUGGAUGAGUUCCAGCCUGAGAUAGUCAUUGAAGACUGGUAUGAGGAAAGCCAACUUCAUAAGUCUGUCUAUCUGCUUGACGUGAAGCUUUUGGGUGCUGAUGGUAUGACGGUCAUCAAGAAACACACCUGUAGCCCUGAAGAGAACCUGGAGUGCUACUCACACACCUGGAAAAAGGUCUCCCAUGUAUUCUCCAACUAUGGGCCCGGGGUGAGGUUUAUUCACUUCCUCCACAGACUAAAAAACAAGUUCAUGAUUGAAUUGUUUAAUACUAAGGUCACAGACAGCUCAAUCACUAUCAAGGCCUCCAAAUCCAGUAUGAUAUAAUCCAUCAUGGUCAAAGAAACUGGUUGGAUGUGAUGCACUCCAUAGAUGUCUCUGUCUUUUGGAACAAAGCAUUAUUGUCUAAUGUUAAAAUGUUUUCAUUAAUUGAUUCCACUCUCACAAGAUGUGUCUAGCAGCUUAAUAUCGUUAUAAAAACAUUCUUCAGUUAUUUUUGUGUCUCUGUUUUCAUUUGUGUGAAAUUAUGUAUAAGUUAAUUUGUAAUGGGAUUUUGUUCAAAGUUGGCAUCAUGUUAUGCAAGUCCUGAUGGCAAAAAAAAAAAAAAAGAUGCUUGUGAACUUGAUCUAUUCAAAAAUGUACCAUGGCUAUCAUAAUUUCUAUUAAAUACCAAAGUUACUAUAGUUGUUGUUACUUCUAUAAAAUCAUAAUAAAUUAAUAUGCAAUCA